AUGGGAAAAAGAAUCCCCGAGCACGACAAAGAUGCAGACACCAAAAUAUUAUACAAAAAAUCUUAUAAUAGCAUUUACACACAUUCGAGAACAUGCUCAGGUAUUUCACAGCAAACCAAGAGUACAACAUUUUCGAGGAGAAAACUACCAAAUAGCAAUGUGUUCACAGAUGGACAGACGAUAAAAAAAGACCUCAGUAUCGAAACAGAUAUCUGUGUCCUCAGAAGAUACUAUAAAUACAAGAGAAAUUGGAUGUCAUCAAAAGCAGCAACAUCAGCUAAGUCCAAGUACUCAAACUAUACUGAAAUUGACACCAUUGCAGAGUUCAGAGACUCAAGCGCUUGCGGUGACAAAUUGCUAGGAGAAGAUUUGGGAAAUCUACGUCCGCCAACGAACAUGGAUAGGACAGACAUGUUGCUGGAAAAUUUCAAGGACUUACUUAAUAAAUGGAUCAGAAAGCAUUUGAUCCAAGGUAAAGAUACAAGAGGGAAAAUUGAAGAUAUUUUUGAAGCUAUCUUUCAAGGCGUCGAGUCGAGACGAGCUCGAAAGUCUUCUUCUUGUACGACUUUUAUUUUGAGUAAAGAGGAUGAAACAGAUAACAAAAAAGUUCAAGUAGUAGAUGUAGCCGCCUCUACAGAUUACAACGGUCAAUGCUGCAUCAGUAGACAUCCUAACAUACCCAGUUAUGAAAAUUUCGAACAAUCCCGGUAUACUGUCCCAAUAAUUUGCAAGAAUUUAAGAAUAAUAUCGACUUUAAGCAUACCACGCAAUAUACAUAGACGUAAAAGAUAUAAUAGAAAAAGUAAACUCCGAAGAAUUAAAGUUAAUAGAACACCGAACAAAAAUUUAUUGAUAUCAUAUAUGAAAACACCACCGAAGUUUUUGGCAACCGUAUCGAGUUAUAACUUGUUGGCUAUUUCAACUAAAUCAUUAAUAAAACGCUGCGUCAAUUUCGACGCUAAUCGUUUCAAAGAUAUCGAUAAAAACCAACAACAACAUUUGAUACUUUUUUCUGAACCGUCCUACAAAAGCGCAACUGCCUCUGCGAUAUCUAUAGAAGAAGUAAAAUACAAAGAUUUAAAAAAAUUGAAAAUGCAUUUCAAUGAUAAACACCGUCUUCUGAAGAGUAAAAGUUUAUUAGAGAAAAACUCGCAAAGAAAAAACGAGAAACCAGCUCACAAAGAAAUGAAUCAUUCCAAUAAUACGGAUACAGUAACCUAUAGCACAAAAAACGAAAACACGGAUAUGUUCAAUAACACAGAUAUAUUCGAUAUCACAGCUAAGUUCAAAAACACACAUACUUACAAAAACACAGAUCCACUCAAAAAUGCAAGUCCAGUAAAAAACACAAGUCCAGUCAAAAACACAAGUCUAUACAAAAACACAGAUCCACUCAAAAAGACAAAUCCACUCAAAAGCUCACAUCCACACAAAAACAGAAAUUCAUUCUUAAACACAGAUGCGUUCAAAGACACCAAGUACGCAAUUUUUAAAGCUAAUGCACAAAUUUCAUCCAUUCUGAACGAGAGGAAGCACAGCGAACCUGUAGUUUCAAUUGAUUUAUUGAAUCAGACCUUGGAAUAUCAAAGAGAAAGAGAAAUUAACAGGUUUAAAAGUGAAGAAAAUAAGAAUGUGAAAAAAACCAAAAAUAAACGUCACGACAGAUCAUUAUCUAUUAUACGCAAGUACGAAAGAAAAAGGCGUCAUAAUUUUACAUAUUUGUACAAAAGAGUCAACAGUAAAACUUUUGAACGUGACAAACUCGUGAGAAAUAUGGAAGAUAUUAUCAAAUACAUCACCAAUUUGAAUGGCGGUGGAAACAUAAAAUUUGAAGUACAUUUUGUUCUAGGUUCUGGUAAUGUUGAUAAUAAUGAAGAAUUACUUAGAAUGGAAAACUCUUCUAAAUUAGUUCAAAAACAAACAAUGAAAUCUAAAUAUUCUAAACCAAUUAAUGAGACACAGAAACCUACUAUGGUGUUCACUGCUAACCAAGCCCCAGGUACAGUUAACAAGAUCUUCCUUGCAAUGAACAAAAAAUCAACUGGAUGUAUGUGUGACCAAAAAAUAUCCAUAAUUUCUUCUCGUACUGAAUUAGAAAAAGAGUCUCCAGGAAUUGGAUGUAUGUGUGACAAAGGAAUAUCUGAAUUUUCUGCUCAUACUGAAUUAGGAAAAGAAAUUACUCCUGAAAUUAUUCCAAUAUUGGAUGGAGCCGCGAGUCAAACUAAGUACAUGGUUAGUACACAUUCUAUACCAAAAGAUAAUGCGAUGGAAAUUAUUCAAGAACUACAGCAAGAAAAUAUGAAGGAAAAUGCCAAAGACAAAGAUUACAAAGUGCAGCAAACUAGUAAACAGGCAGUUCCAUUUAUAGAUUUUGAUCUAAAGCAAGAAAUAGAGGAACUUAGAACGGCUAUAAGAGAUUUAGCAUCAACUACAGAGAAACUACUGAAGGAACAUUACCAAACCAAAAUUUCAACUGCAGAUGGAACUAUCAACAGUGAUACAAGAAUAGAAAGCAAAAAGGGUUCUAGUUUGAACUUAGAUGCUACAUUACCAAAUCAUAGAAACAGUGUAGAGUUGGGGACAGUAGGUAAGAAAUAUUCGAGUAUAAUUAAUAGUGUAGAGAAUAGAUCAAAUAGUAAAAGGCUUUCGAGCGGUGACGCCACUACAAACAGUCUGGAUAGAAUAGAUAGUAAAGAAGAGGAAGAAAAUGAAGUAAGGGUUAUACAAUACAUUACAAAUACGAGUUUAAUCAAAGAUCAAACGAUAAAGGCAACGCAGUAUUCUACAAAAAUACCACCACCCAAUUAUCACAAAUCUGACAGUAUUCAAGUUGUCACUGGAAAUAAGCGUGACAAAGGUUUGCAAAAUUCUAGUCAGAAGGUGACAAUAGAACAAUCACAGGAACAAAAGAAAAGAAUGACAUCUGCAUUAAAGAAACACAGCGCGUCAUACAGAGUUAUAGAAAGUGAAUCAGUUAUAAAAGUAACUAACAUGACGUCAAAUUCGAGUGAUUCGAAGCAGCAAAUGUAUUAUGAUAAAGCACUUACGUGUUCUUUGCCAAGAUCGAGGUCUCUUUUUGAAUUUUCUAUGGAUUUUACUAAUCGGGAUAUACUCGCUUACUUUUGCGACAAUAUUAAGACACCGUUACGCUCUGCGUUCACGUACGUGACGCCCGCAAUUUCGCCUUCGAGUAGAAGUCGAAGCGAGUCCAGAAGAGGUAACGUGAUAAAUAUAGAGGAGGGACAAAUUUCCAAGACGAGUAACGAAGAAAGCGAUCAACACAAGAGCAGUGGAUCAACAAUUUUCGAAGAAACUUAUUCUCCUGAUGGAUCAAAGCAGGUUAAGUUUAGAACAAUGGGUGUCAAUGAAGGUGUUUUGUUAUGUACGGUAAUAUUUGUUCCUGUGAUCAUUAUUAUUGUGCUACUGUAUGAGUUUGUAUUAAAAGAGAAAAAUUCUAGUCCGCCUAAAAGCGAUCUUGAUCCUAAUCUUUACUUAAAAUUGUCUGAUUUAGGUUUUUGA